AAAGCCGAAAAUGGCAGCGUCAGUGGAAGGUGUCUUUAACGAAGAUCUACAAAAUGCAAUUCUAAAGAGUAAAGUGCUGGUGGUCGGUGCUGGAGGAAUCGGCUGUGAGAUCUUAAAAAAUCUAGUAUUAUCUGGAUUUCCUGAUAUCGAAAUAAUUGAUCUCGACACAAUUGACGUGAGCAAUUUGAACCGACAAUUUUUAUUUCAAAAACAACACGUCGGAAAAUCAAAAGCUGCUGUGGCUCGAGAAACUGCGUUGACUUUCAAUCCAGAUGUCAAAAUAGUAUAUCACCAUGAUAGCAUUACAACUUCACAAUAUGGAGUCAACUACUUUAAGCAGUUCACAUUUGUUAUGAAUGCACUGGACAAUAGGGCUGCAAGGAAUCAUGUUAAUCGCAUGUGCUUAGCAGCAGAUAUACCUUUGAUUGAAUCAGGAACUGCAGGUUACGAUGGUCAGGUAGAACUAAUUAAGAAAGGACUCACUCAAUGUUAUGAGUGUACUCCUAAAGUAGCACAAAAGACAUUCCCUGGAUGUACCAUUCGUAAUACACCAAGCGAGCCUAUUCAUUGCAUAGUUUGGGCUAAGCAUUUGUUUAAUCAACUGUUUGGAGAAGAAGAUCCAGAUCAAGAUGUUUCACCUGAUACAGCCGAUCCUGAAGCCGCUGGAGAUACUGCUGGAAAAGAUGCUCUGCAAACUGAGGCUAAUAACCAAGGGAAUGUUGAUCGAGUAUCGACUAGAACAUGGGCACAAUCUACAAGCUAUAAUCCUGAAAAGUUGUUUACUAAGUUGUUUAAUGAAGAUAUCAGAUAUCUUUUGAGCAUGGAUAACUUAUGGAAGAAACGUAGACCACCUGUUCCUUUAGACUGGAAUAAUCUGCCAUGUGAAGUUACCAAGAACAGUACAGAAGAAUCAACUUUGCGGGAUCAGCAGCAGUGGAGUAUAGCGCAAUGUGCAACGAUUUUCUCGGAGUCUAUUAAGAAUUUAAGCGAAGCAUUCUACGCUUGCCGACAAAAAUCAGCGACCGAUAAUUUAGUCUGGGACAAAGAUGACUCAACUGCCAUGGACUUUGUUGCUGCGUGCGCCAACAUCAGGUCAUAUAUUUUUGGCAUUCCACAGAAGACACGCUUCGAGAUCAAAUCAAUGGCGGGAAACAUCAUUCCAGCCAUAGCAACGACAAAUGCGAUAAUAGCUGGAGUUGUUGUUCUCCAUGCUUUCCGUGUGUUGUUGAACAAACUGGAAGACUGCAAGUCCGUUUACCUCCGUCCCAAAAUGAACCACAAGAAUCAACUGCUCGUACCGGAAAAGUGUAUCAACGCACCGAAUCCUAAAUGCUACGUGUGUGCCAGCAUGCCAACAGCUGCCCUCGCUACCGACGUGAAAAAAAUGACUGUGAAACAAUUGGAGGACACAGUAUUGAAAGCCGGCAUGAACAUGAUUGCUCCAGACGUUUUGAUCGAUGGCAAAGGUAUUGUAGUUAUCAGCAGUGAGGAAGGAGAGACUGAGGAGAAUAACGACAAAGUUCUCGAGGAGGUUGGAAUUGUUGAUGGAGUAAUUCUCAGCGUCGAUGAUUUUCUGCAAAACUAUUCGCUCAAAGUUACUGUUGUUCAUCGGGAUAAGCCGGCCCCCAACAGUACCGAACCCGAGUUUGUCAUCACUGCUGAUGCUGAAGAUCUGAAGCCUAAAGCAGAGGAGAACAAUGUUGCUGAGAAACCGUCUACCUCGAAUGGACAAUCCACUCCCAUGGAAGUCUCACCGAUUGCUAGAAAGCGUAAGACCAAUGAGAUGGUAUCGGAUACACUAACCAAAAAACCAAGAGUCGAAGCAAAUCACAGCUCAAACGACAGUGACGACGACAUAUGCAUAGUAGAACAGGAUUCCAAUUCGUUUAGUGGGUCAUCCUCGUCAUCAUCCUCGUCGGUAACGUCCAAACACAAAACGGUCGCUCCAACAGAUGACGAUGACGACUGCUAUAUCGUCGACGAUGACGAGAAUAUCGAUGGCCAUGUGAUUACUAACCAGAUUUAAUAUUUCAAUUUUUUUUGUUUAACUAAUUGUAAACUAAUAAUUCUCUUUUUUUUCUUGUUCCUUGUAUUUGGAUAAUGAAUUUUUUCUUUCGUUACGUGCUGAUAGAAACAAACGUAGAUUAGAACCUUAAACUUAUUUAUGAAUCUAAUGAAUGUAAAUCGACAGCAUUGUUUCUGUUUUUUCAUACGAAAAGUAUAUUUUGCACACUCAUUCUUUGAUGAGAUAUCAUUUUGUGAAUAGA